AUGCCCACAAAACGACGCGGUGACCAAUUAAAAGAUUGUUUUGUUUCGGUGCCGUUGGACAUUCUAUGGUUACCCAAGGCGGCUAUGAGGCCCAUCGGGCCAGCAGACACCUCCCACUCAGAGUGCGUCCUCGUUGUAGGCGUCUCCCGUCCUAAGCUAGCGGCUUUGUUUUUAUCUGUUAUGUUGUUAUCGCUUUUUCUUACGUUUCAUAUUUUGUACGAUAGCGCAGUGUACAGUAUACAGGCUGCAACCGCCAUAUCCGAAAACAAGAUUGCCAUACUAACAAAUCACAUUCCGAACCCACCGGUGAUUAAUCAUCCUGUGGUGUUUCCAAACAGGAUCCAUUUCCCCAAGACCAGCAGACGACUUCCGCAAUGCUUGAUAAUUGGAGUGAGAAAAUGUGGCACACGGGCUCUGCUGGAGAUGCUUUAUCUCCACCCGCGAAUUCAGAAAGCAGCAGGCGAAAUUCACUUCUUCGACCGCGACGAAAACUAUCUGAAAGGACUGGAAUGGUACCGGAAAAAAAUGCCUCACUCGUUCCGCGGUCAGAUUACCAUCGAAAAAAGUCCAAGCUACUUUGUGACGCCCGAGGUCCCAGAGCGAGUACGGGCAAUGAAUGCCACCAUAAAGCUCUUACUGAUAGUACGGGAACCGGUGACGAGGGCGAUAUCCGAUUAUACGCAGCUGCGGAGCCACGCAGCAACAGCAACAUUACCACAACAGCAGACUUUAUCUUCCACAUCACCUCUAUCAAGGACAUUUGAAGAUCUUGCAAUACUAUCCAACGGGACUGUUAAUGAAGCAUAUCGACCGUUGGCGAUAUCGCAGUACCACGUUCAUGUGCAUCGAUGGCUGGAAGUUUUUCCACGAGAACAAAUGCUCGUUGUGAAUGGCGACCAGCUAAUUGAGGAUCCAGUAUCGCAGCUUCGGAGGAUCGAAGAUUUUUUAGGAAUCGAGCCCCGAAUUGGAAGCAAUAAUUUCUACUUCAACGAGACGAAAGGUUUCUACUGCCUGCGCAAUGAAACCGGAGACAAGUGCCUGCGGGAAACGAAAGGACGCAAGCACCCUCGGGUUGAUCCGGUGGUAGUGUCAAAGUUACGCAAGUUUUUCGUUGAACAUAAUCAAAAAUUCUACGAGCUAAUCGGUGAAGACCUCGGGUGGCCAGAAGAAUAA